AUGGAAAAUUUUAUUAUCAUUUUAGUACAAUUAUAUACCUAAAGUUAAAGAUAGGCUAUAGUAACUAAAAAUAAGAAAUCAGAUCUCUUUUUUGAUAUUUAGAUUUUGAUCAGUUAAAUAAAUUGUGAUUUUUAAAGGCAAAGAAACGCAAAUAAAUUCAUUAAUUAAUUUUACAAAACCAAACAUACUCAAUGUAUAACUGCCCAUUUCCCUAUUCAUAGGUGUAUUACUAUUAUCCAAUGCAAACUUAUACACCAUAUAUCAUCUAUCCUUAAUAAAUAUUAGUUCAAACUUAAGUUUAGUCCAAUUAAUAAGAAGAAUCAAAUUAGAAUUGUAUUAAGAAUGUUACAAAACAACAUUUAGAAGAAACUAAACCUCCUGAGAAUUAAGAUAAUUACGAUUUUGAUUUGUUAGAUGAACAUUCAGAUGGAAAUGAUGAAGAUUAUAGUGCAAAAGGAUUAAAUGAUAAUCAAGAAAAAAAUUAUGCUGUUAAUUAAUUGAAUGGUUCAACAAAUAUCUAGAAAAAUUAUGCAAAAGCAGUCAUCUUAUACAUUAAAUAACAAAAUGCAAUUGUAGUUUCUCAAUUAGGGGAUAAAAAAGCCCUUAAGUUCUAUCGAUUAGUAAAGAAAAUGUAAAAUAAUAUAAGAAAUUUAUCACAUAUAAGCAAAUAUACUCGAGAUGAAGAUUUCAUUAAGAUAUUUAGAAUUUUAUGGUAUAUAUAUAUAAAUAUUAGUUAGUAAUAAGUUUUUAAGAAAAGAUUGCAUCAGUUAUAUUUACAAUUCAAAAAUUUAAUAGAAGACUAGCCAUUUGAAAGGCAAACAUAUUAUUAAAAAAAACCUUUUUAAAAUCUGA